AGAUGAUGCUGAAAUGUGGUGAAAACAGUCAAGUAAAACCACUGUUGGACAUUGAGCAGCUCUGCAGCCAGCUCUGCUAGGCAUGCAGUUUGUUUCUGAAUCUACAUCAUAUCAUCAUCAAACAUGGGCGGACUGAGUGUUUUUCUGGUCAUUCUCCAAGGAGUUGUUUCUUUGAAUCAUGGUGGGAUUUCUGGGUCAACAUUGGAGGUGACAGUCAAACCAGGAGAUAACAUCACUCUUUAUUGUGACUGCAAAAUACCAACUGGAGUAUAUAUAAUGUGGUACAGGAACUGUUCUCAUGAGAACCAGCCUCCUCUUGUCCUGGAACUAGUGCCUGAUAAACGGACACAAAGCAUUGAUGCCUGGGAUUAUCUCAGUCCUCUCCCUCGCUUCCACUUUGUGAAGAACCAGUCCUCUGGAUCCUACGACCUGCUGAUUGAGAAUAUCACUGAUUCUGAUGAAGGUCUCUACUACUGUGGAACAAAAGAGAAAAAGGUGCAAGAAGAUGAAAAAAUCAAAGCAACAACGGUUUACAGAUACAGCAACAUGACAACAAGGGUCCAUUGUGAAUCCACUGAGCCAUACAGCCCUGUCACACAGGACUGCAGUGUUUGCUGGAUGUUGCUGUUCUCCAUCUGCCCAGCUCUCGCUGCUCUCUCCUCGUUUUUAUCGUCUGUUCUGGUCUAUCACCUCUGUAAAAAAACAGCCGGGGAACCUAAAACGAAUGGGAAAAGACCAGACAGGGAAGAGAAAAGAAGAGAGGAUGAGGAUGAAGGUGUGUGUUAUGCUGCUCUGGAAAUCCGGCAGACAUCACAGAGACCAACGAAGAAGAGAAGCCAGAGUUCAGACUCCACCACAUAUUCUGCAAUCAAUACAUCCAGAAAGUAAAGAAUGAAAUGUUCACAGCCGUUAAAGAUGAAGACUGUUGUGUGAUGUUCUGUCUGCAUCAGUACUGCUCUCUUGCUUUUAACCUUGCCACCAUCCAAGCAUCCACCUGUAAGCUCUGUCUUGGGGGUUUCAGGUCAUCUCUCCUCAAAGUCUGCGUGUAAAAUACAUCUGUGAAACUAUAGAUG